AUGCGUUGGGAAAAUCAGGAAGAGUUUCUCUCUCUAUCUCAGGGUUCCCUAUCCAUCCAGGAGUACACGGACAAGUUUACUGAAUUGUCCCAUUUUGCUACCUCUAUCGUUGCUACUGAAGCUAAAACGGUAAAAAGGUACAUCAAGAAGAUGGAUCCUAGAGUAAGAACCCAUGUGCUGAGUUCGGGCGUUGCUUCUUUCCAAGGGGCUUAUGAGAUUGCUCGUAGUAUCCAUGCAUCCAUAAUUGAGGAAGAAGCUACGAAGGCUGCAUCUGCAAGGAGACCUUCAGUGCCUUAUUCUCAAGUUCAAACCAAGAAGUCGAGGUUUGAUAAUGCUGGAAGGAGUAGCAAUCAGCAAAGUUCUGGUACUCUUCAAAGUUUUGUCUCAAAGAAGUGCUACAAGUGUGGCAAAGACCAUUAUCCGGGGAAGAAAUGUGAUGGCACUAACAUAACCUGUUACCUUUGCAAGGAAGAUGUACACAAGUCUUCUCAGUGUCCUAAUAAGGCGAAUUCUUCUAGUUCUAGUGGCUCAAUGCCUACUCCCUCAUCAGCUCCUCCAAGGAACAGGAUCUAUUGCAUGACCCAAGAACAGGUCGAUGUUCAGCCUGAUGUGGUGACGAGUACAUUUCUUAUUAAUAAUGUUCCUGCUUAUGUUCUGUUUGAUUCUAGUAUUGUUGUGUCUUUUAUUGCUAGCACAUUCAUUUUUAAAUCUAACUUGUCUUCUAGUUCUCCUCCAUUCACUGCUGUGAUUAGAAUAGUGUUUUGUCGUAUCUUCUACUCUGGUAUUAUGUUGAAGAAAAAUGUGAAGAUCAUGUCUGCAAUGAGAAUAAAGAGGCUUCGACAUAAAGGUGAUAUGAGAAUUCCUGUUGUUCGGGAACACUUUGAUGUUUUCCUUGAGGAGUUACCUAGCAUUCUGCUUGAAAGGGAUGCGGGGUUCAGUAUCGAUCUGGUUCCUGGUAUUACUCCGAUGUCUAAGGCUCCAUACAGGAUGGCUCCUCUUGAAUUGCAAGCUAGAGUUGAAGACACAAUUGUAGGAUUUGACUGA